AUGGCCGCAUCUUCCUCCCCGGCUAAGAGAUCCUACCAAGAAUCCGAGCUACAACUCGACUGCGAUUGCAAAAGCAAGCAGAAUGCCAUAGUCAUUCCUACUGCGACUUUGGAUCAGUACGCCGCCGCCUAUCAGCAAGCAGUUUCUAUUGAUCACGACGCUAAGCGAUCCCAUCAAAAGUCCAACUUGGAACCAUCAUGCAAUUGCAUAAAUAAGCAGAGAGCUACAACCUCCGCCGUUGCUUAUGUAGCUCCGGCUCAAUAUCAAUCGGAGUAUCAGCAACAAGUUCCUGUAAAUUAUCUAUCUACACCUUCUCCGACUAGAGAGACACCCUGUGACCAAUCCCAAGUUCAAAUUGACUGCGAUAAGAACCAACCAGAAGCAGAAACCUACGUGGAGAUCGUCUUACAAGAGGAAAAAGCGCCAACAGCCGAUCCAGUUUCCAUCUCGCUUGCCUAUAAAAACCUCGCCGAAUCGCAUGGUAAAAAGUACGUCGCGGAAGACAAUUUGGCCUACGGACACUACAAGGAACCCGAAGAUGGACGCAUCUGCAAGCACGUCAGCAAUUUCGACGAGGAGAAGCUCCAUACCGUUGACAAACCUGUCGUCGAGCUUAAAGACUGUGAAUGCAGAGACGGCAACUGCCAGAACAUACAGGUUUCCUACAGCGACAUCGGCUACGGUCCGGCCGCACCUUCGAAGAACCGAUUCGUACCUAAGACAGACGACGCGAUCGAGUCGCCAUACGCUCAGUCGAUCGUCUACGUCCCGUCACCCGACGACAAGGACAGCCUGCCGUGCGGGCCCGUCGGAUCGACGAUUCCAGGUUACAAGUCCGGCGGCGUCAUCGUCAACGACCGCUCGAAGGCCAAGCUCACCUGCGGGCGCGGUGGUAAAGCGUCACUCGUGCAGGAAGGUAGUCGACGCACGGUGCUUGUCGACGAAGAAGAAUACGAAAACGACAGUUACGACGGCAAGGCGAAGAUUAUCGACCAGAUCAAAUCGUCCGCUUGCAAAUCUGGAUAUUAGCAGGCAUUUGACGCCCAAUGUUCUGAGGAUAAUGAACGUUAUUGAGAAUAUCAUUUCGCAGGUCUUUUAUUAUGCUGCCUGGCUAGGAAAUAAAAUUUGUGAAGAAUGAACGCGGACUAUUUAAGUUUGACUCCUUAUUGCAUCAAUGAAUGUGGCAAUGAAAUAGGUUUUUCGUCGGAUUAUGCUAUUGAAUUUACACUGAUUUUGACACUGAAUUCUUUAUUAAAUUUCGCUAGAUUUCAUGAACGAUCUCGUCGGCAUGUACUAAGCUAAAGUUCUAGAAAAUAUAAGAGUCGCUCGAACAUUAAUUUUGCAUUAAAAUAUUACAAUCGAAAGCAUAGAAUGGAAAUGAUUAUAAAAACUAGUUUUGAGUUGAAAGUGAUGAACAUGAGUACAUUACACAUAGUAAUGAUAAGUCAAAUGACGGUGAAUGCAUGAAAAGACCGAGGAACAUAACGAAGAAGAGGAUAAUUAAAUAGAAAAUGAGAACAAUAUCAUGAUCAAUAAAUGCUGUAGAGAGUGAUGCAUCAAAUA